AUGGUUGCUACUCAAUUCCUAUACGCGCUCGGUCUGGCGACGACAGCCCUCGGCGCACCUCAUGUCGAGAAGCGCGCGCAGACUGUCUGGCUCGCAGGCGACUCCACCAUGGCGAAGGCUAGCGGCACGCAGCAAGGCUGGGGCGUCUACCUCCCGUACUCCCUGUCCCUCCCUGUCACCAACAACGCCAUCGGCGGGCGCUCCGCCCGCUCCUUCACCGUCGAAGGCCGCUUCCAGACGAUCAUUGACAGCGUGAAGGCGAACGACAUCGUGAUCAUCGAGUUCGGGCACAACGACGGGGGUUCCCUGAACGGCCAGGACAACGGCCGCACCGCGUGCCCCGGCGCCGGGGACGAGACGUGCCAGUCGACGUACAACGGGCAGGCCGUCACGGUGCUCACGUACCCGAAGUACCUGACCAACGCUGGCAAGGCGCUCGUGGCGAAGGGCGCGAAGGUCAUUAUUUCGUCGCCGACGCCGAAUAAUCCCUGGGAGGGGGGCAGCUUUAGCUAUGCGCCGGGCAGGUUUACGACGUAUUCAAGGGACGUGGCGAAGGCGAUUGGCGCGAAUGCGAUUUUCGUGGAUCAUGGACAGUAUACGGCGAAUAUCUUCCAGACGCUGGGUAAGGCGAAGGUGGAUGCUUUCUUCCCGAACGAUCAUACGCAUACGAGUCCUGCGGGUGCGGAUGUUGUGCAGAGGGCUUUCGUGAAGGGGUUGCUUUGCCAGGGUGGUGGGUUCUUGAAUGGGUUCAUCAAGAAUUCGACGGCGUCGGUUGAGGGGAAGUGCAUAUAGGUGGAUUGUUUGGAUCAAGGGGGAUUCACAACUUGUAAAUAGUAUUGAUUGUGAAUACCUCAUAUCCCUCGAGCUCUAUGACCUGUACACGACUUAUACGAGCCAAUUAUUGCAAGUGCAUGCUUCUUUUUGAGCUUGAGGUUCGAAUGCUGUUCGAACUCAGAAUGCUGUCCGAAUUCAAAGUAGGUAAAAUGGAAGGAUGGACCAUGUGAUAUUGGCAAAGGAUCAUAUCCAUAAGGUUUGAAGAUCGCCUGUGUGCCAAUUGAGUCUGUCUCUCGCUUUGAGGUGAUCCUGACUCUUAAGUGUGAUGUAUUUCCAUCAAGGUCGUCGACUGGUGCUACAUGAACCUGGUCGCCAUGUACGGUUGUGAAUUGCAAAAGCAGCCAACCUUCAAGAUCAAGGCAAAUUGCCGGCCCGGCGAUUCCCACCAACGGCCGUAAAAACAAGUUUUCGAGUACUCGUACGCCGAAACUUUCAUAUC